AUGAAAACCCAAUGCGAACAAUAUGGUGUUGAGAUUGUUACGUUUAGAGACAACACUCUCAACCUUCUUUUACAAGCAGAAAAAGUCCGUUGUGACAACGAGCUUGAGAGAAACACAUUCCGUAAGACGGAAAUACAAAACGUUUUUGCACAGCGAGAUAACGUGAUUGACUUAAACAUCAGUUCGUCUGAAAUAGAAGAACAAAUAUUGGAAUAUCACAGCAAUGAAUCUAACAAAGAACCCCUUUGCGAAUAUCACGUAAAAACAAAUUUCAGUGACAAAAUUGAAUUCGAAAAUUGUGAUGUCCUUUUAAAUAAAAAAGAAAAAGAACAAAUACUUAAAUGGAGUGGGAGGAGUGUUGGUGAUCUAAUUUUCACUUAUAAAAAUAAUUUAAAAAGUUGUAGUGUUAAACUUCGAGAGUGUUUUCAUGAAGGGAAUGGGUUUGUCAUUGCACUGCUCUAUGAACAGAAUGUGUUUGGUGUUGUUGUGACUAAAAAAGUUGAUAAAACGACGGACUAUGCAUUUGAUGAAGACUGUUUUAUAUUCCAAAUGAGAGAUAAUGGAGACAACAAUUACAAAAUGUAUAAAAUUAAAGCAGAAAAUUUCGAUUGGGCAUUUUCAGUUGGUGUAAAAUGCAGCACCAAGUUUUUUGAUGUUGGGUGUGGAGAUAUUAAUGUUGUUUACAACACUACAAACAAAAAGGUCGUUUGCAAGUGCGCACAAUCAUCAUUUGAUUACAAAAAUUGCACUCAAACGAUUUGUGGCGUGGAUGGGUCUGUAAUCUUUAAUAUACAGAAAUUUGUUGUGUACAGAUUAAAUGAUUUGGAUUGA